GUAAGUCAAUGUGAUGUGAACGAACUUUGAGACUUUGAGUUCGAGACAAUUUUCUCGAUGUUUUUUAAACCCAGAACAGCCAGUUUAUUUCAUUAUUUAUGUUCGGUUAAACGUGUGAAUAAAUAUGAAUCUUUCGGCUAGCAUUACUUAUUAACUUAUGACGGUCACUGUGGUUAUGUAGUGUGAAACGAAUCAAAAUACCUCUCCUUACGUGGUACUUCAAAGAGAAAGAAAAAUCUCACACUUCAACAGAGCCUGGUAAUAAAAUGUCGUCGCCGUCCAAGAAACGCUACAAGAAGCAAAAAUGGUACACGAGUUUCUUGUACAAGAGAUUGCCGAUCAUAAAAACAUUACCAGAGUACAAUUCGGAAAAGGCUUUGGCGGAUUUUAUAGCGGGAAUUACAGUAGGACUUACGGUCAUACCACAGGCGCUGGCUUACGCUACUCUAGCCGGAUUGCACCCACAGUACGGCCUGUACUCGUCGUUCAUGGGAUGUUUUGUCUACGCAAUAUUUGGUUCAUGCAAAGACAUCACAUUGGGCCCCACUGCUCUGUUGGCCCUCAUGACAUAUGAGCAAAUACAGGGUCGAAACUUCGACUACGCCGUCCUACUGUGCUUCCUAACCGGCGUAGUUCAGCUUGCUAUGGGAAUAUUGCACUUGGGUGUCCUCAUAGAUUUCAUAUCGGUACCAGUGACUGUUGGGUUCACGUCAGCGACGUCAGUCAUAAUCGCCGUUUCACAGCUAAAAGGAUUAUUUGGACUCCAAUUUAGAUCCAAAGGAUUUAUGGACAAUGUGAAAAAGGUAGUGGUGAAUCUACCAAAUGCCACUAUAGCGGAUAGUACGCUGGGCGUCACGUGUAUAGUCAUACUGCUUAUAAUGAGGAAAAUAAAAGAUGUCAACUUGCCGCAAAACCAGAAAGGACUAAAGAAGACCCUAUGGUUAUUGUCCACAUCGCGUAAUGCUAUCAUCGUGGUACUGUGCUCCGUGAUCGCCUACACGUGGGAUAUCCAUACAAAAUCACCCUUCAAGCUCACCGGCACUGUAAAAGAAGGACUCCCAUCGUGGUCUCUGCCGCCGUUCGGUACACAAUUGGAAGGCAGAAAUGUGACGUUUGUCGAGAUGUGCUCCGACUUGGGCUCAUCGAUAGUACUCGUGCCAAUUAUCGGGGUACUGGGCAAUGUGGCGAUCGCUAAAGCUUUCGCAAGCGGUGACUCCGUGGACGCAACCCAAGAGCUGAUAACGCUGUCGUUCGCCAACAUCCUCGGCUCGUUCGUCAGUGCGAUGCCUAUCACGGGCUCGUUCUCUCGCAGCGCCGUCAACCACGCGAGCGGGGUCGCCACACAAUUGGGCAGCAUUUUUACGGGUAUUUUAGUUCUGUUAGCAUUAAGUCUACUCACUCCAUACUUUUACUACAUCCCGAAGGCUUCGCUAGCCGCAGUAGUUAUAUGCGCUGUGAUAUUCAUGAUCGAGUAUGAGGUGGUGAAACCUAUGUGGCGCUCUCGUCGCGCGGACCUCGUGCCAGCAUUUGCCACAUUCGCCCUGUGCCUCAUAGUGGGGGUGGAGCUGGGUAUAGUGGCAGGGGUGCUACUGAAUGUCGUACUACUGUUGUACCCCAGCGCAAGACCACAGAUGAACGCUGAAAUUGUUUCGAAUAACACAGGGUCCAGUUAUUUGAUGAUAACGGUGGGCAACAGCCUUUACUUCCCCGGCGUGGAAUACAUACGGCAAUACGUGACUCGCGCUGCCAAGAAACAAGGUGGUUGCAGCAUGCCUGUGGUGAUUGACUGCAGAUAUGUGCUAGGAGCGGAUUUCACUGCUGCCAAGGGCAUCUGUGCGUUGUCCAACACACUGUCGUCGCGCGGACAACCGCUAGUGUUGUUGUCUCCCAGAAGCAACGUGGCGUCCGUGUUCAGUGGCGCCGGCUCCGGCGUGGUCGUGGUCAUGUCUGCCGCGGAACUGGACACCACUUUACAAGAACUCACAGGUCAAAUAGCUUUACCAGUGCUAAACGGUGAAGGAAAGCGUGCGACCCCUCCACCACCAUACAACACUCUAAGUCAAGUCGACGAAGACGCCAUAGAAGUCGUCAUAGCCGACGACAGAACCAUUGCACCUCUACUGACCACGCCCAGUGGUCGUCGAAAGAGCUCGACAAAGGAAGCGACAGACACGUGACAUUAUUCAGAUAGGUUAAGUUAUUAUUAAGAUAUUUGUACUGCCGAUAGACACUAUAUCGUAUCAUAUCAAUGCACAGGGCCGGCUCGUCCAUACGGCGAACGGAGCAGGCGCUCCAGGCGCGAAAUCCUAGGGGGCGCCUAAUAUGGUAUAAAACAAUAAAAGAAAUAUCUUUUUUUUUCAAUUGUCUAUAUGGGAGUAUGAUUUUAAAAGUUAUCGAUAUUCUAUUACCUACUAUUAAAAUCCUAAAACUCCUAGUCGACCGUAAUCUGUAUUGCACCUGAUUUUCAAUUGGUCACUGCAGAGUAUGGUCGAGAUCUUCGCGUUCCAUACAUACUUUGGACUCACAAUUGGUACUUGAAAUUAUUAUUAGGAGCCUAGAGGAAACGGGAGAGGCGCCAUAAUUGGAUCUCGCUCCAUUCUAAAAUUUACUUCGGGCCGGCGCUGUCAAUGCAUAGUGAUUGUUGUUAUAAAGAUGAAUUAAUCAUAAUUUUGUAAAAAAAAUUUAGAAUCCACAUUCCAAACAUAAUUUUGACGCGUCUUAUAUUCGAUGGAGCCGGCUGCACACUCGAAAAAGGAUGACGUAAUGCGUCGCUCCCUCGCUCUAGGGUUGCCAACUUUUUUUACAAGAAAUAAAGUAUAUUCUGGUCUAUGAAGAUUAUAAAACAGUAUUUUAGAAAAAUGAACAUUUUCUUUUGAAAAAUGCAACCAUUCCAUCAGUAUUUUCUUAUGACGUUGUCACGUUCAACUAUCGUCAGAAAACCGACUUUACAGACAACCGAUUUUUUUUUUAAGUAAUAUCAUGCAAUCUUCCCUGAAAACGAAUAUGAAAUAAUAUGCCCUAUGAUACUCCUACAACUGUGACUAAUGAUAUCUUAUAAUAUGUUGAAAUUGUUUUGGGCACUAGAUCUUGAUACUUAAAAACUAUUGUAGGAAAUAGUAGCCUGAGACGGAUAUGACGUUAGAUUUUUUUAUUCAAUGAUAAGUCAUAGGCUAUUUAUUGACUGCGAUUUCGAUUCUGCUAACUAACUAUAGCUUGGAAACUUUGUUGAUGACACUGCCAUGAUAUGCAGGCGACGGGGGGUGGAGGGAAGGAAGUCUUGCGCGCGGGGCAUCGCUACGCCCCUUCCGGCGUGCGCGGACCAUCGGGAGUGCUACGAACGAUGUUGCCAAGCUAUAGCCACGGUCGAUGCCUACCAGCAGACUUUCUUUUUUAAAAUUGAAGUAACCUCUUGUGUUUUGAAUUUUACAGACCCGGGUGCAUUUUUUAUUCUUUUUUUUUUUAUUUAUGACUUUUCUAUAAAAAGAUGCAUGUCACUUAACUACUUCCUUAUUGAUUUCCUUAUUCGUAAAUAUAGUAAUACAUGGGUAAUUGGGUACGUCAAUAACGAUUAUAUACUUUUAACAUGAACAGUUGGUGAAUAUUAUUAUAAUUUUCCCUUUCUAUUUACCAGUGAAAUGAUAAUUUAUUUGUUUACAUUACUUGUGAAAAGUCUGGUUACUAUUAGACCUGUGUCAGAAGGCAUUUUAUAAAUAUUAAUAAAAAUGUCUAUGAUUUUUUGUAUGAUAAAUUUGUUCAUAGAUCUACCCUGGGAAGGUAUAGAAUUUUUUAACGUUUUAAUGUUAAGAAUAGGAGACUGAAUUUGGUACUGAUAUCGUUGUAACAAAACUUUACAGUUAAGUAAAAGAUCAACAUUUUUUAGAUUAAAGUAACAAAACUUUUAAUGUGUCUCUUCUAACUCGAAUAUUAUGUUAAUCCAUAGAAUAAUGAAAAAUUGCCAUUAUGUGUAUACAUAUUAUGGUAUGCGUCCACAUAUCCGCAUCUUACGUAUCUGAUGAAUCGCAUAAAAUGGGUUUUAUAAUUUUACGGUAGACUCGUGCGAUCCGUACAAUGCAGAUCAGUGGACGGACUUGUAUGGCUUUCUAUAAUAUUGAUAUACUACGAUCCAUGUGAUGCGAUGCCUCCGAUACAUACGAUGGGGAUAUGUUAACGGUUACCAUUAUAGACACUUAAGUGAUUUAUAUUUACCAGAACACGAAAUGACAAACUAACGUUACCUACCAUUUUACCUCGUAGACAUUCAUACUUAGGAUCAUUUUUAUGCUAACCAGUUCGUAUAAUGAGAUGUAAAGUUCCUAUAAAUAAACGUACUUAUUUCUAAAAUAAUUCGUGAAACGAAUGUAUUGCAUAACGUUAGAAUGAUUUUUGGUGUAUUUGGUGGGGAAACCGUACAUAAUAAUUAUUAUAAUAAUGAUGGCCUGAUGAUGAUGAUUGUGAAAUCAGUCGUAUAUACUAUUACAUAGACACCUAAAAGCGCUGCAUAUCCUAGAUAUAAGUUCAUUGAUGAUCCUCCCAUCAUAUGCGGGCGACGGGGAAAAGACUGCGCGGGUAUGAAAUCGUGUUUGCGGGGAAGUGAGGGUUUUUAUUCAUCGCUACACGCCCCCCGGCGCGGACUAUCGGGAGUGUUAUGAACGAAGUUGCCAAGCUAUAACAUGAAAUCCAUACCAAAACGCAUUUUUCGUAUUCCGUAAAGCCCAUUGUUAACAAAAAUCACAAUAUCUACUUACUCUAUAAUAUCGACGAAGGGUUUCAUUGUUAGUUUCUACCUAUAACCUUAAUUUUAAUUAGUUAUCAUUAAAUAAAUAGUGAAUAAGAAAUCACGUGACUUGAGAAUUACUAACAACAGUUAGUUGGUAAAUUUCCUAUAUGUCUACUAAACAUACUGCCAUUAAAUUCUGUUUUGUUGUCAUAUACCCAGUGCAUAUAAUUUGCUUGUAUUUGUCUAUGUUGUCUAUGAAUAAACGCAAUAUAUCAUUCCCAGUCACUUUUUAAUUACUAUAUAACUUGACUCCAACUGUCGGCGAGUUUGUCAAUGCUGGACAUUGAUAAAUUGUAUCAUAUUGAAGGCGGUUCGAAUAUUUUUUAUUGUAUAGAAGAUAAGUUAAAGUUAUUUGAUUAUAUAUUUGAAAUAUACAGGGUGUUGUGGAGUAUUUCCCAUAACAUCAAGGUUACAUGGUGGUUAACAUGUCCACAUAUAGGAGCCGUAAUAUAUACAUUCCUUUUUUACAAUAAAAAAAUUGAAAUACCUAAUCGUAGUGGUAAGAUUGUCGAUAUCGACGAGAUAUUGCAACUAGCACUCCGCACUUCACAUGUAAACUACUUCAUGAUAUUCAUCAAUGAAUAAGUUUGGCUAGGUCAUAAUAUAAGGAUGCGAUAUACGAGUAAGGGACACAAUUUAAGGUCUAUUUAGAAAAGAAAUAUUCUUUACUCCGAAAAUAUUCAUUUUAGAUCACAUGUUCCUUAGACAUAUUUAAUUAAUUUUCCUUAAAGAAUAUUAACUCUAAGAGUUAUGGGCUUACUCCCGAGCACCCUGUAUAUUGUUAGCACACCAAAAAUUGUGCUAGUUUCAUGAAAUUUGUAGGAACUGUCUGUGAAUGUUCAAUUCGAUCAUUUGCUACUGUUUGAAGAGUACUAAAUAUAUUUGUACAGAUAUUUUAUUUCUAAGUUUUAGAUAUUUAACUUAACUAAGUUACGGUGAAAGAAUCAAGAUAUAACUAUAUUGAAUUAUUUUCCUUUAUAAUUAUUUUAUAAUUGGUUUGGUAGUUACUUAAAUCUGACUGAAUGUAAACACCUUAAUAUCCAACACAUACCAUUUUCGAAACUUAUCACACAAGCUUUUCCAUAAAGGCUACAGCAAAUGUACAAUCGGAAAAUUUCGACUUUAUUUCAUCGCCAGCAGUGUUAAUAAUAAAUGUUUGAUUAUUGGCAAUAACGAAUGCUCUAUCGUACGCCUCAUCAGGUGUGCGUUGACCUCUAGGUGUUAUGAAUAGAACGUUCAUACCUGAUGUAUAAUAUAAAAUGAAUGGUCUUAUAGCGAAAAGCUUCGACCAACACCUUAUGAAGCUUUCGCUUAACUGUUGGAUCAAGAGUCGGAUACAAAAGGCAGUGAUUCUUGAGACGGCGCGUAUUGUGAGGAGGUUCCUCACUCUGGAGCCCUGACCACCGGUUGCUUGGGCACUCAAAUGUCCCGCAGCGGGAGGGUAGAUUUUUUUUAUAAUAUUUUAAUAGUGUUUUGUAGUUUAUAUUUAUAUUGACAUUGUUAAAAAUUUUAAAAAAAGAAUUAAUAAAUUGAUGAAUUAUAAUUAUUAUUGUCAGCUCAAUGUGAACAAUAAAUAACUCGUUUUCAGGCGUAGCUAUCAGGCGUAUCAAUGAUACGGUGUCCCCGGACUACAGGGCCCCACACGUGUGAAAGCAAAAAUUAGUAAAAUGUAAUCCACAAUUACACUGAAUGUGGUCACGAAAAAAACUUAUAAAAAACUGCUUAUAGAGUUUUACUUCAGAAAUGACAAAAGGCUUUUAUUCCUGUCAAGAUUGCUUUUUAAAAAAAAAUCGAAAAAGCAAUCUUUUAUUCCUGAGUUACCCAAGCGUGCGUCCAAAAGUUGGAAAUAUCCUAUAUAGUUUAAGUUACUUUCAUAUAUUUAUUUUUUUAAGCAAGCAGUUUUGUUUCAUUUGUGCGAAUUUUCUCGCGAAAGGUUCUCAAGUUGAUCGGUUUGUUUUUUUACCAUUUGUUUAGGCCCCUCAACUAAUUUUGUAUACGGGGCCCCUGCAAGGCACGCUACGUCACUAGUUUCCAUGCUUAAUUGAUGCUAACUUUACGUUAAAUGUGAAUGCUCUUUUAACGUGGUGUGGUGACCUUUUGGUCAAUGCAACAGCAGUACAUACAUGAAAAUAUAAGUGACCAAUCUGACAUUGUAUCAACCAAUCAGAUUGUUGCAAAUAUGACGUGCUGUUUCUUUAUCUCAAUAAUCUGAUUGGUUCAUUGUACAUUAGCAAACUAGAGCUUUCUUUGAUUGUAAACCCAGUGCACGCUACAGUGUAUACAGGCUGUCCCGCAACUAAUAAAUAAUACCUAAAUAUACAUACACAACCUAAUUAAUUAUCUAAAACUAAUUUGAAUAGUUUUUCAAAAAACCCUAGUGUUUUUUUAUAGCAGAUUUUUCAAAUUCUUCUUUCUUGAAUCAGUUUUUUCAAUGCUAUAGCUGUUUACAUUUUGGAGAUUUGAUUUUUAGAUAAUUAGAUGGUCUAACUUCCAUUUACGUUUUAUCCAUUAAUUACGGGACACCCUGUAUAAAGACCUAAUGUUUUAGUUUUAUGCUGUGCAUAUGGGUGUUAUAUCUCUUAUAUGUAUUUUACUGCCUAAUGAGUGUUUUAAGUAAGUAUAUUACCAAAUGUGUUUUUUAUCUUUGUUUAUUUUACGUGCAAUAAAUCAUGACUUUUCUUUUGAAGAAAAUAAAUCUCACUUUUAAAAAUUUAA